UGUGGCCUCGCCACGACUGGCUCUCCCCACGCAAAGCGAGCCGCGCGCCUCGGUCGCCACCGCAUUGGCAUCGGAUCGAUCGCUCCGCCACAGCCCACAGAGAGGAGGAGGAGGGAGGCAGGAGGGGGAGCCGCGCGCGGCCGGCCAUGAUGCCGUCGUCGUCCAUGCCCGGCGCGGCGGGCUCCUCGGAGCUGAUCUACCGCGGGCAGCAGGCGGCGGUGGCGGAGGAUCAGGAGGAAGCAGCAGCCGCCGGGUACUACUACUCGUCGGCGGCCAACAAAAAGCCGCCGCCGCCGCUGCCGUGGGUGCGGUACGUGCUGGGCGAGCAGCGCCUGGUGUUCGCGCUCCUCGGCAUGGCGCUGGCCUCGCUCGUCUUCCUCCUGCUGGCGCCCUCCGGCUCACCUCCUGCGGGCGCGGCGUCGAGCGGCGGCAGCGCGGCGCACCUCGCGGCGGUGGGCCUGGCGGCGUGGCAGUACAGCAGCAGCAGGACGUUGGAGGGCGGCGUCCGCUCCGCCGCGCGCGUUCCUCUUGGCCUGAAGCGCAAGGGCCUCCGCGUGGUUGUGACCGGCGGCGCCGGGUUCGUGGGCAGCCACCUGGUGGACCGCCUGCUGGCGCGCGGCGACAGUGUGAUCGUGGUGGACAACCUGUUCACGGGGCGCAAGGAGAACGUGCUCCACCACGGCGGGAACCCGCGGUUCGAGAUGAUCCGGCACGACGUGGUGGAGCCGAUCCUGCUGGAGGUGGACCAGAUCUACCACCUGGCGUGCCCGGCGUCGCCCGUGCACUACAAGCACAACCCGGUGAAGACGAUCAAGACCAACGUGGUGGGCACGCUCAACAUGCUGGGCCUGGCCAAGCGCGUGGGCGCCCGCUUCCUGCUCACCAGCACCAGCGAGGUGUACGGCGACCCGCUGCAGCACCCGCAGGUGGAGACCUACUGGGGGAACGUCAACCCCAUCGGCGUGCGCAGCUGCUACGACGAGGGCAAGCGGACGGCGGAGACGCUCACCAUGGACUACCACCGCGGCGCCAACCUCGAGGUUCGGAUCGCUCGGAUCUUCAACACCUACGGGCCGCGCAUGUGCAUCGACGACGGCCGCGUCGUCAGCAACUUCGUCGCUCAGGCGCUGAGGAAGGAGCCCCUGACGGUGUACGGCGACGGCAAGCAGACGAGGAGCUUCCAGUACGUCUCCGAUCUGGUGGAGGGCCUGAUGAAGCUGAUGGAGGGCGAUCACGUGGGGCCCUUCAACCUCGGGAACCCCGGCGAGUUCACCAUGCUGGAGCUGGCCAAGGUGGUGCAGGACACCAUCGACCCCAACGCGCGCAUCGAGUUCCGCCCCAACACCGCCGACGACCCGCACAAGCGCAAGCCCGACAUCAGCCGCGCCAAGGAGCUGCUCGGCUGGGAGCCCAAGAUCUCGCUCAAGAACGGCCUCCCGCUCAUGGUCCAGGACUUCCGCAACCGCAUCUUCGGCGACCAGAAGGACGCCGGCGACAACUGACGAUCAAUGAUCCAGCUGCUAGCUGCCUCGCUACUGUUCGUUUCUCGCUCGUUUCAGUCGUACGUAUAGCUAGGAGAGAAUGACAAAGUUUGAUGAAGGCCGGCAAAGAUAUGAUACUGGGAACCCGAUCCGUGAGACCGUGACCGGCCGGAAUUGAAGCAACCAAGGAUGGUGAUCGAUCGAUACAUGUGUGUAGGAUAGUUAACUAGGAUCUGCUGCAAAAUUAAGCAUCAUACAGAUCAAGGAUACAUGUAGCUGCUGGUACAUGCAUGCUGCAUCUGCUGCUGCUGCUAGAACCCAUGAUGAGCCAUUGCCAGCAUGCACCAGGAGGGUAUGCCGCCGACCUUCAUGUUCUUUAAUUUUUAGUCCCUUUUAUUGGUAGUAGCCGCGAGUUCAUUUUUUCUUGAUUUUUCAUGUGUUUUUUCUUUUUUCUUGGAAGAAAUGUAUCUUGUGAUCUUCUUAGCCCCUGUCCCGUGUCUCUGACGAUGACGAUGAUUCUGCAUUAACAACACCACCUGUGGAUGCAGAAUACACAUGCACACUCACUAUUUUGUCCUGCUAAA